UACGUUACCCUACUACACCAUGGUCAUGGGCGGACUGUCCUCCUGGCUUUUAUCACUCCCUCUCCCUACUUCCAUAUUUCCCUGUCACUGUUUUCAUCCCUCAGUUAUCUGUCUGCAGCCCGCAAUGACGAUAAACCAACGGCCAGAGGUGCGCCGAUGCAGAGGAUCGUGCUUGCUUCUCUCGCUUUCUGUUUUCAACGACGGAAGGCUUGUAGGGAAGACAGGGCGCCUCUUUUUGCGUCUAGAGCAGCACCGAUGACGGAUAAAACUGUAGUUUUCAAUCGGAGGGGG